AUUUGGAUCUAGAGAGAUGUCUGUGCAUGUACCGGAACACUUAAAGCACAACUGGAGUCAAUCCAAGAAAAAGGACAAGGAUGAAGGGGAGGGGGCGGAGCAAGAGGAUGAAGAGGAAGAGGAGGAUGACCCUGUCGAUGCAAUGCUGAAAAAAGCUGGCUGUCUGAAACUACAUCAUGAUGUCCAGAAUUGUAUGGCAGAGCACAGAGAUUGGAGACAGUGCCAGAAGGAAGUUGCCAAGUUCAGGGAGUGCGUGUCGAGAAACGUGCAAAGGACACAGAAGAAACAAGAACAGUCGUGAUACAGAAUGGCUCAAUCAUAGCAAGGCGUGUCGUCCGCAUCGUGACAGACCUGCCCACACGGGUCAGACCAAUUCGUACAACGCCUGGACAACGUCAGACACCAGAGGGCACUGUUCAUAUGAUGACUGGACAGCAGCUGCCGCUAUUCAUGGUGGCCUCUUGCAAACAGUUGUACCAUUCUGCUGAUAAGAAUAUGGGAUGAUUCUCACCCACCUCCCCCCCCCCCCCCCCAAAAAAAAAAUGCAACUAUGUCUAAAAGCAAGUAGGAAUAUUGUUAAUUUAAUUACCCGGAAACGACCCUACUGAUUUAAUGAGAAAUCCUUGUUGAAAGUGGAAAAAGGACUGGUACUAAAUACAUAACCCUGUGAAAUUAUUCUGUCUGAUAUGGUAUCGACUGACAGAAAACAAUUAUUGAAGGUGGUUUUUAUAUUGCGUCCACGGGCACACCUUUUUUCGUGCAUUAAGGAAGAUACAUUUGCAAACAUCAAAAAAACAAAAUGAUCCAAUUAUCACAAAAUACCUUAGGAAUGAGUCUAAAACACCCUGUAAAAAUGUGGCUCCUGGUCAGUGGUGUGCCGACAUUUUCAAGAAAAACUGUAUUUUUCAAACGCUGGUUGGCCAACCAGCUUUUGAGAAAACUGGCUUUUUUCAAAAACCGCUCUUAAUUGUUCAUCUUUUGUUACUCCGCAUUUUCUUUGCAGUUGAUUUCACACCUGUGAAGGGGUACAAGCCUGCUAGACUGAUUCUCCGACCUUACAUUUCCCCAAAGUCUAAACAUUUCUCCAUUUCAUUUUAAGAUAUCAGAGAGAAACUGCAUGAAUCAUGGUACGAGAAAAGUCUGUAUGUAAAUGGACUUUUCUUUUUGAAACAAUACACAUCAUCCACUUGAAAUGAGAUUUCACUGUUUGCAGUCAUGAUUGAAUGAAUGGAGAACCAAACAAGACGUGAAGAUGUGUAUAGAAACACUGCACCCAAACCAUGAAGCAGUUCAUAAAUUCUUUCUCCAGAUUUUUAUGGAGACUUUAUUACCCAUGUAUCAUCAUUUUCAUGAUCAUUGAAGAUAAUACAUACAUGUACCAGUAUCUUAAUGUUUUAUGAAGCAGCAAUAAUAAUCAUCAGCUUUGAGUAAUACAUUUAGAAUGAAAGCUUCUCGAGAACAUUUCCGUCCCCAAUAUCAGACUCAUCAAUGCAUGAAAAUGGGAUGAAAGUGUGAAUGUUGUGGGACUUUUUUUACUAAGUAAUACAACUCUUUUGGAAUAAGAUGUCUACUUUUUAAUAAUUGGAUUAAAUUAACAAUUCAUGAUCUUAAUGGUAUUGAAUUAAAUAUCUAUUUGAAACAAAAUGG